AAUCAAAUUGAAGGUUCAGGUUAAAACCUCAGGAUACCCCCCAGUCGGCGAGUUUGUUCCGGUCUGCUCCGCACACCGCACAAGAUCCUGACAAUGAGAAUGCCAAUGGCGCUCUUCGGCGAUUGAAUCAUUCAUUUGCUUACCCUUGUUCCUUAGCUAGUUAGGACUUCCUCCUUUUAUGAGACUUCUUCCUUUCUAACUCAUCAUAAGGCUCUCCAACUCGCAACAAUGAUGCAGGCGAGAUUGAUAACUCUACCUCUCCUUUUUCGACCAUAUGCGUCCUCCCUGCGCUCCUCUGUGUUUCGCCCAACAAUCAGGAGGACCAAGACAUCCUCCUCCUCUUCUUCCAAGCGUGUCGAAAUUGACGAAUUAUCCUCGAAGCAUGGGGUUCGCCUCACACAAACGGAGCAACGAAUGCUUCGACAACAGCUCGAUUCCAAUGGCGAUGGUAUCAUUACACGAAGAGAACUCCAAAAGGCCGGCAGAAAAGCAUUGGAAUCACAGUGGGAACGAGAGUUGUGCCUUCAGGUUAUUGAGCAGCCCGUGUCGUAUACCAGUCGCAUGGCAGCCACGUUUCUGUCCGUAUUGGACUACAGUGGAACGGCACUGUUUGCCAUAGUAGGCACCCAAUUAGCCGGAGAAGCUGGCAUGAAUCUAGUGGGAUGCACUCUGGUGGGCUGCAUUACCUGUCUUGGAGGAGGAACACUCAAUAAUCUGCUGUAUGGAUCCUCGGCAUCCUUACUGGGGAGACCUGGCGUGUUCUGGGUCACUACUCCAAGCUACCUUGUGACGGCUGUAGCAGCAUCCAUGGCUACCUUUUUCCUCUGGCCCGUUUAUUGCCGAAAUCAGGCACGAAACGAAAUGGAAGAGUUUAUUGGCAAGGACAACCUGGAAGAGGAUGGCAGUAUCAGUCUGCAGACCUUUGUCAAAGCCUGUCAGAGAAAUCCAGAAUUCACCCAGAAAGUGGCGUCUGCUUUUGGAGUGGAUCCCACGGCAAUUUCCGCCUCGGAACUCUUUCAACUUGUCGACACCGACAAGUCAAACCAUAUCGAGUUGGAUGAAAUGCAAGCACUCGUGGGGAAACGGUUUGACGCAUCCCCAACCAUCUACGCACUGGACACACUCGCACUGGCAGCCUUUGCAGUGGUGGGAGUCAAUGGAGCCAUUGGUCGAGGACUACCGCCAUUGGUGGCGGCCACAUCCGGCGUCACAAUGUGUUUUGGAGGAAUCAUGCGAGAUGUCAUGUGUGGACGAGAAGUAGCCAUUGGAGGACAGAGUUAUGCCUUUACAACUGGAGCAGGGUCCCUCAUGUAUGUUUUGCUGAGGGAACUACGCUUGCGUCAAAGGGUUAUACCCAUUCCCUUGAUUGCGAGAAUGGUGAUUGCAUUCAGUACUACCGUCUCUCUUCGAGUUUUUGAGUUUUGGCAAGGGGCUCCUUUGCUCCAAUCCAUGCACCACGAAAUUAACUAAGCUGCAUGCGUGCUGCAUGAAACUUUGAUACACUACCGCAUAAUUUUGAGCUUUUGUUUAUUAUCAUACAACCUGAUCACAAGGACCAAUUAAAAUCUGUUCUGUGGUGGAACCAGCUUGAAAGGCAGUUCUCCAGUUUGAACCACAGGAGCACACGCGUUAACAUUUUUGUUGGACAGUGGAACCUGAAUACAUUUGUGCUAGCUAGAAGGUAAACGAAAAUAGAUUAUGAACUCCAGAUUUUGGAAGACGUGGCA